AUGAUUAUGAACCUAAUCUCAACCACUAGCUUAUAAAAUUAGGUACCUAAUUAAACUCCUCAAUUUCUAGAGAGUCAAAACUAAAAGGAUCAGCCAUAAAAUAUCGACAAUGAAGAAGAUAGGAAGUAUGAUGAAAGAAUCUAAGAUCCGCAACAUCAAUAAGAAGCCAUUGAUAAUUAAGACAUUGAGUUACUUGAAAUGGGAGACAUAGAUGAAAGAAAUCAACAGUCUAUGAGAAAUGAGAGAAGAAUUGAAAAUCAAAGCCAAGUGCACAUGGAUCAUCUCAAAUUCAAAAAUGAGUUCACUCCAUUUGGUGAUAACUUGAUUAUUAAUUAAGAUAUGGACUAGGGCAGAUCAAGUUCCAACAAGUAUCUCAAGAUGGAAUUAAAGUUGUACAUCAAGACCUUGGUAAAAUUUAUCUUCAAUUUUUAUCAUGUGAUAGAUUCUAACAGUAUCAAGGAUUCUUUAAUGCAACAGCAGAUUGAUGUAUUCUUGUUUGUAAAUCCUAAAAGUGGCUCCAAGCAUGGCUAGAAAUUCCUAGACUUAGACUACAAGGAUAUCGUCAUUGAAAUCGAUCCCACCACUGAAGUCGUUUUUCAUAUUACAAAUUUAACAAUAAAAGAUAAAAAAGACAAAGCUCUCAAAGAUAUGUUCUAAAUCUAGUAGCAGAGAAAAAACGUCUAUAAAAUCAAAACUCUUUCUUAAAAUUAACAAUUCAAGAGCAAUUUAGCAAGUACCAACAUGAGUUCAGGAAAUCAUAGAAGAUUGGUUUUAGCAAUAGCAGGUGGUGACGGGACAAUGAUGUUUAUUGCUCAAGAUGCUUUACAAGUAGGUCUAAGUUUAGAUGAAAUAAGCAUUUGUGUACUUCCUUUCGGAACUGGAAAUGAUCUAAGUCAAAUAUUCGGUUGGGGUUCUCAGCCAAAGGAAAUCUGGACUAAAAAGCUGAAAUCUCUUGCAAUAGAUAUAUUAGAAGCGAUCGAUGAGACCUUCAAUGUCUGGGAUAUUACAGUGAAAUUAAGAUCAAAUGGUGACAUUAGACAGUGGGAUAGCAAAGAAAAAUCUAAAGUAUCGCAAAAUAUAAACCCAUAUGAAAGACCUAUGAGUAACUACUUUAGUAUUGGUGUAGAAUCUCGAAUAGGCCUCGGAUUUGAAAAGUCUAGAACAAACAGUGCAUUUAAAAAUAAAUGUGUCUAUGGUUGGGAAGGUCUUAAAAAGAUGUGCUGCUGCUCGAAAACUCUCAAGAUAAAGGAUGUUAUAACUCAUGUAACUAAAGUAGAUGAGAACAAUUAGGAGCAAUUGAUGUUUCACACUGGCUUUGAUAAAACUAUUGACAAAAAUAUACCAGUUUUAAGUAAAUUUUCAAAGUGUAAUGAUAAUUUUUUAGAGGGAAAUCCAGUUUCCUUAGUGUGUACUAAUAUAAGUUCAAUGAUGGGAGGAAAAGCAAACGUUUGGUAGUCAGGCCACGGUAAGGCAACUGGACUAGCUGAUAAUUAGGGGAGGAGUCUUACAUAAGAACAGUUGAAGCUAAAUGAUGCCUAGUCACACGAUGAUGAUAUUCUUGAAUUCGAAACAAUCGCUUCAACUAUCCAUCUAGGAUUAGGUAAAGGCCAAAGGAUUGCUUAAGAAAAAGGCAUUUUCAAUAUUCACUUUAGAGAGCCAGCUGAAGGGAAAUACUUAACAACUUACAUAUAAAUAGAUGGAGAAUUUUACAGACUGGAAAAUCCAGAGAAAAUAUAGAUAAAACUUAGUGAUAGCCUAGGUCAUCUUAAACUCCUAAGGUAUAAAGAAUCGGACAAGUGA